CUCGAUCGAGACGAUAGAGGGCGACCAUACCACAACAACAAUGAUCUGCUGAAUUAGAGCUGAACUGUUUCGCACCGGGAAACUACUUUAUUCAAAGAAGUUAAAAGGGGAGGACAGCCCAUUUCCAAGUAAUCAUGGAGUCAGGAUCCACAAAGUAUUGUACCAACUGCAAGGAGGAUAUUGCAGAAGGUAACUUCAUCAUGCAUGAAGUUCAUUGCAGGAGGAACAUCACCUUGUGCAAAGACUGCCAAGAACCUGUUCCAAGAUCAGAAAUGGAAGAGCACUUUGAGGAAUACCACAAGCCAAUUACCUGCAAGUGUGGAGAAACAGUGGAAAAAUGCAAAGUGGAAGAACAUGAGAAGAACGAGUGUGCACAGAGAAUCAAACACUGUGAAUACUGUGAACUAGAACUCCCCUUCAUUCAGAUGGCUGAGCACCUGAACUACUGUGGAAGCCGCACGGAAUGUUGCCCGAAGUGCCAACGCUACAUCCAGAACCGUGACCGGGAUCAGCACGACAUCACAGACUGCGCAUUCCCUGACCAGAAACCUUCCAUCCCACGGCAGCCACCCCCCGUGGAAUCGCUAUUUGAUAACCUUGAAGACUAUGAUGAGACUACCUAUCAUGCUGUGACAAAUCGAUUUGCGUUUCCAGAGUACGUUGACCCCAAUGAUCUAGACGACAAUAUGACAAGGCCGUCAGUGAGGAGUGUUAACGUGAGCAGCUCACAGUUCUACGGGGGAAGCAAGGACAAUCGAAGUAGUGCGCAGGAUGCAAAUCCUGGAGGACGCAACAGGAGACAGAGGAAGAAUCAGGAUAGAGUGCAGAAUAUUUAUAAGAAUACAAACCAAAGAAAACCUGUAGCAAGCAAGAAGAAAGAUUCUACAAAGCAGUCUAACACACAAGCAGCUGAUCAGAUGGAAGCUGACCGCCUUCUGGCUCUCAGCAUCUCGAACGAGGAUGACCAGGUCUUUGGUCUGGACAACAGCUUUGAUGCCCUCCUUGGCAGUGUCCAACCUAGCAACCAUGGGAACAGGGAUUUUGAUGACAGUGAGCUGGAUCAGUGGGAGAAUGAUAGAGAUGCCGGUUCGCCGUCAAGAAGACGACUGGCUAGCCGAACAUCUCAGCCAUCGUUAUGGAGUGCAUUAGAUGAAAAUGGUAUUUCAGGAGAGGUUGUUAUGGCACCCUGUGAAUUCUGUAAUAAAGCAUUUCCUCUGGAUGAUCUUAUACUACAUCAGACUGGCUGUCAGAUGGAAUCCCUAGACCAGGUACUUGAUCCUAGUGAAAUAACAUCAGUGCCUUCUAACAAUCAGCAUCAGACGGUUCCUCAAGGCUCAACUGCAGUGCAAACACCAGUACUAGAUAAUCUUAGAAAGCCCAAUCUCCAGAGGUUAAUAAGCCCUGAACCCCUUCACCAUUAUCUUAGUGGUUCAUCAGAAGAUGGGUCUGUCAUGUUACCUUGUGAGUUCUGUGGGGAUCUUUUACCCGCAGAGUUCCUACCUCACCAUCAGUUUCACUGCAGGGAGAGUCGACCCACGAGGUCAAACCAUGAAGUCGAGUCUGCCCUCCAGGAUCUAGAAGAGACUCCUCCUAGUCCCACCCUGGUCAGUAGAUCCAUAGGGAGAACCAGGAACACGUUGGGAACAUCGAGCCCUCCUAAGAGCAGGAGUUCUAGGAGGAGACAGGAGGAUGCAAUGCUGAGGAACAUGUUCCCUGCAUCAGGCUUUGAUGAAGUUGAUGAAGGAGAUAAUAGACAUUCAUCUAAGGUCAAGAGGUCAUUUGGUCAAGCGGACGAUGUAUCAGGAAGAACGCAGUACAGUAGACCUCCAAAGAAUAAAAAUAGUAAUCGUUCAGGUAAGAAUGUUGGUGUAAAGGAGAAUGAUGUAGAUGACUACCUAGCCAAAAAUGAUGUCAGCUAUGUAGGAUCGCAUCAUACAGGGACUACCCUACCACUCAAAUCUAGCAAUAAAGAGCUAAGGAAACCUGGAACCAAACCAGCAUCAAAGAAAUUCACCAACAGCGACUAUGCCAACGACAACCUGAGCUCUGACACGACAUCGUUCCAACGCCUCCACCAGGCAACGUCCAAAUCCAACACCGCAGCUGGUAGGGGUCUGAAUAACAUUCAGAAGAAACGAAGCGAAAGGCAGGAUAGUUUUACUGAGCUGCUUUCACAAUAUGACAAUGAUCCUGUGUUCAUGAGAGAGGACCGGGAUGGAAGGAGCGGUGUAAAAAAGACAAACUCUAGAAAGACUCCCAACAAGGGAGCGUAUAACACGGAGAGGGUUGCAGGUGCAACAGGAUAUGUUCCAAGCUUUGGGACCGAUUCGAGUAGGAACAAGAAAACUACCAAUCCAAGUUCUGUCAGACUUGCUGCAAAUUUCACUGUGCCAACCGAUGCUGUAACGAGAGUUCCUGGUGGCAGCAGAGCGGGGCUUGAACCAGCAAUCUCUUCAGGUAUAUCAUCCAGGCCCAGAGGUACAACCAACAGGCCUUCAUCCAAGACAAGACCUAAAGUAAAAGUAACAAGACAUCCCAGCGGCCCAUCGUGAAAGCACCUUGAAUCCACUUCCAUUGAUUAGUCAUUAAUAUCCUAAAUGUUGGUAAGAUUUUUUUCUUCAAAAUCUGUAGUAAGCUAAAAGAUACAAUUGAUUGUUCAAUCAAGCACAACUAUAUUGGUAAACCAUGUACACAAAGUUACAAUCAAUCAUAAAUAUUGGCCAUAUCGCUUUAUGGUACUCUUUUAUAUCUCUUUAUGAUUUGCAUCCAGGGCCGAUUAUACAAACGUUGACGAUCAAUUGCUAUUAAAGUGGUAUGGCCUAUCAAGAUCAUCUUUGCAUGCGGAG